CACAACUGUAAAUUUACCGCCGUUUUGGAGAUUCGUAGAUCAGCUGCGACAACCAUGUUGUGACAAACUUUUACCCCCAUUUUAUACCGAUUCAGGUUUUUAAAAUUCCAAGAAUCUAACAAUUUAGUAGAGAAAAGUGUUUUAAAACCCUAUUUUACUCAUAUUUAUUCUUUUAUACCAAUUUGUUGGGAUAUCAGCGUAUGUUAUGGAUCUGGAUCAUCGAAACGGCUAUCAUCAGUCAGAAAACUCUCACAACCAAGGAAAUGUGAUUCACAAAUGUGCGAUGUAUGAAGCGAAAAGGCCUUUGGGUGAUCGCACUGUUCUGGGAAACUUAACAAAUAGACAACGGGACGAUUCGGCACGUGAGAAAUUUAUCGGCUCCCAGUUCAAUCCAAUUCACAAAAACAGCAAGUUGAUAAAUAUAGAAGCUAAAUACUCAUCAAUAGUUUCAACUACAUUGGGUCAUGGUGAUUUGAACUCAACAUCAAGUGCAGAUAGUGGUUAUGGCAGCAUAAACACUGAAUCGAUUGUUGUGGAAUCCAAACUUACAUCCAAAUCGUUAACACAAUCACUUUUGUGCUGUAAAUCAUUGAAUUCCGAACAAGUAUCAAUAUCAAAACGACCUCGUUAUGACGAAUCUGAUACAACUUCUCAGGUAGAAGUAUCUUGCGUUGAUGAAGAUUCAGAUGAUGAUAGACGACCAUUUGAAUCAAAGCUGGCUUGUGAUAUUGUUCGAGCUGCAUUUGCUGAUCGUGUUCAGUUGGAAGAACUUUUAGCAGAAUGUAGAAGGGCCGAUUUCGCUAUUUCAGCUUUGGAUCGCUCUCCGGUUGAUCGCAUGAUGGAAGCUACAGACUAUAUUGUUGGGAUAAUGGCCUAUGAACAAACAAGGGAAGCAAAAGAAGAUUUUCAAGUGAAUGAUUUUUUGGCUGCUGGUAAGCAACCUAAUCUCAAUGCUGAUAUGUUAACAACACUAGCCGAUUGGUUAGUCGAGGUUCAAGAAAAUUUCGCAUUGAAUCAUGAAACAAUUCAUUUGGCUUGGGGCCUUUUAUAUGCGUUUUUAGAUCGUGGUCAACCACUUGCUCGGCGUGAGAUUCAGUUAAUGGCAUGUGCUGCAAUCAUGGUUGCUUGCAAACAUGAAGAACGACAAAUGCCUCAUCUGAAUGAAUUUUUGUACAUAACGGACAACGCGUAUACAAAAGAAGAAUUCAUUGAAGCUGAACGCCGUCUACUGAUAGCGAUCGAUUUUGCUGUACAUCGUCCAAAUCCUUAUGUUUUUUUGCGUCGUUAUGCUAGGGUUUUAGAUGCACAUAGUGGGCCAGUUCAGUUCACAUCACGAUUUCUUUUAGAAGCUGGUAUGCACAGUCAUACUAUUAGUUUGAAACGUGAGUCGCGCAAAGCUGCAGCUGUAUUGUGGCUUGCUCGAGUUGUUCUUCGUAAUCCGGCUUAUGCUGAUUGGACACGCAGAGCUGAUGUACAUCAACUUAGGCACUUGAUACAAAACAAUCCUUUAGCUCAAGCAUAUUAUGCUCAUUGUCGAAAUCAGAAGUCUAAGAUAACCAACAACAAGGACAAUGCGCGAUCAAGAUUAAACCAAAUUGUUACAGCCCAUGCAGAUUUAUCAAGAUCAACUUACGAUCUGUCUGCUACGAAUUCAUGUGACAAUGAAUGUUUCCAGACUAAAUUCACGGAAAAGACUUCGUAUGGCUUGUCUACAGCCUGUGAUAAUUCUGACGAGUCAUCCAAUGAAGGAAAAUACACAAAUUUCUCAACACUUAUACGUGCACCUCAUUCCACACCGAGUGGUCAUAACCAUCAUAUGUCAACAUCUGUGAUUGAUUCUUCCUCUGAAAACCAUAUAUUUGAUGGUUUAGAUCCUUCUAUUAAAUCUGAUCUCGAAGCGCUGCGAUUAGAGGAAGAACAACGUCAACCAUUGUGGCCUCCAAUUUUGGAGCAUAUCACAGGUUAUAAAGAAGCUAAUUUAAUUCCGCUAGCUUUACGCUACCAUGCAAUAGCUUUAAGAUUAAUAGCUGAAGUGGCUCGUGGUGGACAUUUGGCUGUUGCCAAUGCCAGUACAUCUGAUCAACCUACCAAUUUAAGUGUGAAACAAAAUAAUGAUGCAAAUGUUCAUAUGAUUGACGUUGAUGUGGAGGAUCCAUCUAAUCCGCAGAACACACGUUGUGUAUCACCCGGGGGCCAUUAUUUGCGUCGCCAGUCUGUUACUAAAUAUUGUUCAAGUGCAUUUUUGAGUGUCGCUGAUGCCUAUCCUCAAUUGUCAUUUGACAAUUUUGUUCCAUAUUUCCCAUCUAUCCAAUGUGCAGAAACGUGUACGUGCUUUGUUUGUACAAAUCUUAUUCGUCGUUCUAAUUAGUCACUACCACUACAACUCCAACUAAUUCUUCCUACUACGUUUAUAUAUAAUUGUCUUUCGUAUGCUUGUAUGUAUUUUAUUCCUCAUAUUAUUUCGGGAGGUGAAUUAAAUUAUUCGGUAUUCGUAAAGUGCUAACGUGAUUUUUUCAUUGGUCAUCUCUGAAUUCUUCUGUAUUGAAGCAGAAACAUGUUCUUUUUAAUGUCUUUUCCUUCUCUAGUUUUCUUUUUAAUCUAUAUUAUUUAUUUUAUAUGUAUUAGUCAUAAUUAUUAUUGUGGUUUUUUUAUAGCAAAUUAGGAUUUUCAAUUUUAAGGCACCAUUAUAUGUGGACCGAUGCAUAUAUGUGCCUGGUCCUACAUUGUAUCUGACUGACUGUUAUAUUCAACUAAACAAAAAAAAGUCGAAAUUUCGCUGUGUUGUACUUUUUAUCCGUCCAAACGAUCUUUCCAAUUUUAUGUUAACAUUGUAUACAUACGAAUUAUGAUGUUACUGGUGAUUUUGUGUAUUUCCACAUAUAUGUUAUACGUCGAAUUAAAUUUAAAAUCCUACCAUAAAUAAAAAGUAAAACGCAAGUAUGGUGAAAGGAAUCUGGUUCAUUUAGUAAUUAAUGAAUCCAGUAUUUGCAUUUCAUCAAAUUAUAUCUCUUUGUCAAAUGUUUUACUUCAUUUAAACUUAUGUUUAUGUGUAACGCAUGUAACACUUAUUUAUUCGUUUUUGGAGUGAAUUAUUUCCCAUGGUUCUAUACAAACAUUUGUGAAACAUGUCCCAUUAUUGUGGCAUUUUUCCGUAUUUGUUUUAAUCCAACAAUAAAGGGACUAAAAAACCA